AUGGGAACAAUUACUAUAGGGAAUUGUUAAUUUCAAUGCUACAUUAAUUAUGUUUCUUGUGAUUGUUCAUGCGAUCAAAAUGAAAUCAGAACCAACAGAAGCAAUAGAUUCACAGAACAAUCUACUAGGAAUCGAUCCAAAAAACGUUCUCCAGGAGACUCAUCAGAUCGGCAAUCCAAGUUCUCAUCUACAAGGAAACCAACAAGUCGAAGCAAAUCCUCCAACUCUGACAAAUCCAUCUACCUGCUAUCUGACUAUUGCAACAUCACAACAGAAUCAAACAAAUCAACAAAGAAGCGUAAACCACAUCCGACCUUCAUCAAGUCCAGAUCCUUAUACAUCUUUGAUGUGGAUAUUGACAAGAACCUCUCCAAUAACGUAGAGUAGAGUUCAGCUCCUCUUUCCUACUCAGAUAUUGGAACUGUUAACAGACCCAAAAUAUAAAGUUUGGACAAAGGAGUUCUCAAAAAAUCAACAGAGUAAGUUUAAUAGAAAAAAUAUGUGAAGUGGAAUCUCCCUUAGCAUUAUUUGAGAUCAAAUAAGCAACUUCAGUAGGAAUUUUAUUCAUGA